UGCGGUGCAAUGGGGCAGCCGAGUGCCGGCAAGCCAGUCAUGGAGGAUGAGCGGAGCUUUUCGGAUAUCUGCGGCGGCCGCCUGGCCCUGCAGCGCGGCUACUACUCCCCGUCCUGCCGGGAGUUCUGCCUCAGCUGCCCUCGGCUCUCGCUGCGUUCGCUCACCGCUGUCACCUGCACGGUGUGGCUGGUGGCCUACAGACUCUUCAGCCUCUGCGAGAACAGCAUGAUCCUCUCUGCUGCCAUCUUCAUCACCCUCGUAGGUCUGCUUGGUUAUCUCCAUUUUGUGAAGAUUGACCAGGAGACUCUGUUAAUCAUUGAUUCUCUUGGCAUUCAGAUGACUUCAUCUUAUGCUUCAGGCAAAGAAAGUACUACCUUCAUAGAGAUGGGCAAGGUCAAGGAUAUUGUCAUCAAUGAGGCUAUUUACAUGCAAAAGGUGAUUUAUUACCUCUGCAUCUUACUGAAGGAUCCAGUGGAACCACAUGGGAUAUCCCAAGUAGUACCUAUCUUCCAGAGUGCCAAGCCCCGGCUGGAUUGCUUGAUUGAAGUAUACAGGAGCUGCCAGGAGAUCCUGGCACAGCAGAAAGCCACAUCUACAAACCCAUGAGACCCAGCAUUCAGAAGGCCAGCAUUGUCUUUCACAGGAGAUGACUUUUAAGCCAUAGUGUCUGGUUUUACAUACUCUAAACCAUCAGGUGGACACAGUCCUAGGAACCAGUAUGGAUGUAGUGCAUCUCAGCCAUAGAGCAGGUGACUGGAAAUCUAAUUCAAUGUAUUUCUGUGUAUUAUAGUGUUUACCUUGUAAGGUUUUGCCUACUUUACCAAAGGAGGGGAGACCGUAAGAAUUUUGACACAGUAUGUCAAAAGUAAUGUCAGCAAAGCACUUUGUGAAAUUGCUAAGCAUGUUCAGGUUUACUUUGUGUUGAUGUUUGUGAAGCAAAACAAUGGAAAGCUACCAUCAACUGUCUUGAGAAAGGUAUACUUACCAAUUACAUAGUAACCCUGUGUCAACUUACAAAAAAAAAAAAAAAAUCAAGCCCAUCAGGUACUGUUUAGCAGGAAGAAAUGUCCUACAAAAGAUGAGUCUGUCAACCUAGCACCUGUGUUCUCUACAGGGCUUGUUUAUGACUCACUUAAUAAACAGAUUUCCUUCCAAAACAACAGUUACCUGGUUCACAGAUAGCUGCUUUUUAUUGACAAACAAGAUCAUGGCAUUUCAGUCAUGGUGUCAAGCACAUUAAUACUUUUCUGUUACUCAGCAUUUUUAAAAUCAUUUUAAAAGAUACUUUUGCCAAGAGAGAUGAGACAAAAGGCCAGACAGAAAUUUGACUUUGGUUUUCAGACAUGGGACUCUCAUGUUAACAAAGAAUAAAUAAGCAAAU